UCAAAACUUAUCACAAUCUUCUUGCGCUCUAACUGCAAUUUGCUCAAAGCUCUCUAAUUUAUUUAUUUGCUCACAGUCAUUCUGAAAAGCUUUCUUUAUUUUUCUUAUUGCUAGUGUUUUUUCAAUUACUGUUUCAAUUAGUUUCAUUUUCCAUCAAUGGCAGAAACAAAGGAAUGCCAUGUUAUCGUCGAAAUCCCAGUAGACGAAGAGCAUCAAAAUAUACUUGUAUGUGCAAUUCAACAUCACCCAUUAAUGGAAAUCUCAAAAAGCCCAGGUCAUCUCUUACUUCUCAAGCUUUGGCAAAGAGAAGAGGAUCUCUCCGGCCGCAGAAUUGCGGCCAAAGAGACCCGAAUGGACAGCAUUCGAAGAGAAAUAUUUCAACUUUGUUGUUUUUUCUUUAUAUUUCAUGCACUUUUCUUUACAAUUUUAUUCACAUCUAUUUCAGAAGACAACCAACAUAAUAAUUUCGCGUGCCACAAAUGGUGGAUCCCAUCAGUGGUAUCAGUUUGCACAUCAUUUUUUAUAGUGUUUUUGGUACAGUUGAAACUUUACAGGUUUUGGAAAGUGUCGAAACAGUUGCAAAGGGAGAGAGGGGAUGGUAGAGCAUUGACGAGGUGCAUUCAAGAAUUGAGAAUGAAAGGGGGGAGUUUUGAUCUGUCAAAAGAACCACAGAUUGGGAAGAAAAUGAAGAGCUCAAGUGUGGAGAUCAAAUGGAAGCCUUUAACUUGGUUAUCUCAAUAUGCAGUAACCAUUUGUCUUAUUUGUUUCACAGGAUUGGUGUUCCCAGCUUCCAGGCUCGUCCUCUGCGCUUAAAUCAGCUAUUUGGAAUCGUUGCUCCUUGCUCGGGCAGAAAUGGGGGAUAGAUACCUAGCAAGGAUGUAAGAUUGAGAAGUCCCAUCUGUUAGACACAGAGUCGACUGGCUCGAAAAAGAAUCCGAAAGCAUUACAUGGCAAGAACUGAUUGAGAUGGGAGAUAUUAGGGAAGGUUCCUUAAUUUCAUAUUACUACAAGGAAGGUGCUAGCAGCGGUCAAAAGAAGAAAACAGGGGUUCUCGGUUCUGGGAAUGAAAUGGUACCAGCAUUGAGCAGCAGCAACAACAACAACAACAACGACCCAGUAAAAUCCCACAAAGUGGAGUCUGGGGAGGGUAGUGUGUACGCAUACCUUACCCCUACCCCGAUGGGGCAGAGAGGCUGUUUCCGAUAGACCCUCGGCUCAGGAAGACGGAAGGUAUACCAGCAUUGAGCAUGAUUGAAUAUUCGUUUUUGGUUGAAUUUGACUAAGCAUGAUCAUAAUGAAGAUGAAGCCUGACCCGGCUGGCAAAUUGCAAACAUAAUCAGAGAUAAAAGAGAUCCAGCUGAAGGGUACUUUCAUUUUUGGUCAUGUAUUCAGAGAAGAGAGCUGUGCUGAGAAUCACUUGGCAAAUUGGGGUGCCAACACAAAGAAAUUCUAUUUCAUUGCCUGCACAUGUUAGUUAAAGCCACAUUGAGGGAAAUGGGCCAUCUUUAAGAUCAUAUUCGGACCUAGAGAAAGGACUUGUAAGUUAGAUCCUAACUAUAUAAUCUAAUGCUAACAUUAGCACUCUUUUGUGAGGUAAGGCCUAGUCCCCCUCUCUAUGUACUUCAUUUCUGCCAUACAUUUAAAUUCCAACAAAAGGAAGGCCACGUAUUUUUGUUGGUCAUUUUUAAGAGGAAUGUUUCUCUUUGA